AUGUGCGUAGUGUGUCUGGCUCCGGCAACCGGUUACAAUUUUGAUCAAAUAACCUGCGAGUCUUGUAAAGCCUUUUUUAGACGAAAUGCGUUGAAAUCAUCGAAUGUUAUCAAAUGUCGGUGUAAUGGUGUUACGGAUAUUAAUGUGCAUAAUAGAAAACGUUGUAAAGCAUGCAGACUGGCAAAAUGUUUCGCAAAGGGCAUGCGAAAAGAAUGGAUAUUGACAGACGACGAAAAACGUACGAAAAAGCAAAAAAUUGAGGAAAAUCGACGGCUUCGACAAUUACAGAAUUGUCAAACUAAGACAGAUGAAGAGAAUAUUGAUAACUCAGCUGAAGAAGAAGAGGAAAGUGUGCAAAAUGCUCUCUCUGUACAAUGUGAUACGUGUCUAAUUUCAUCUCAAGAUUGGAUUACAUUAGAAAAAAUACAAUGUGCUUAUGCGCAAUCGGUUAAACUAAAUUCACUCGUUGGUUUGCCAUUAUAUCCGUCGACAAGAAAAUUAUCGACGCCCGCUCAAAUGGUAAAUGAGCCGACGAACAUUCAUUCAACUAGACUAAUUACGUACUUCAAACAACUUCCAGAAUUUUGUGAAUUAGAGGAAGAUGACAAAUUGACAUUGAUCAAACAUAAUUUACUCGGUUUAGUAUUUAUACGAGCUACGUUAAUAUAUAAACCAGCAAAUGAUACCUAUCAAGAAUAUGGUACAGAUGAUUGUAUCUUCGACGGCAAAGAUCUUAUAGAAUGUUAUGGCGAGCAAUUAUAUAAAAAGUCGACACAAAUAAUGUGUUCAUUUAUUGAUAUUGUAGAAUGUGAUCGUUUAGUUGUGAAAAUUAUUUUAAUUAUUAUGUUAUUUUCGAAAGGUUAUUCUACGUGUACAAUAGAAUAUCCUGAACCAGUAUUAAAAAAUUCUACACAAGUAUUUCAAUCACAAAAUAUCUAUGUAGACUUAUUAUGGAGAUAUUGUGAAGAAAAAUUUGGAUUUUUCAAUACCAUCAAAUUAUUGGUACGUUUAAUAACACUUUGUAUGGCGGUGGAAAGCGUAGCUAAAGAAACGCAACAAUAUGUUCAAAGUAAACUGACAGCAGAUGAAUUAGCGCCGCUUAUGCAAUCUGUUAUGCAUUUGUCAUGA